GCACUCGUCGGUGCGGAUGCGUUUUGCACCCGUACGCACGUAGGUGAGAUUAAUUCGCUCGUUUACCAGCGCAGCAUCAGCGCAGCCAAGGAUCAGAUGGGGUCGAUAUCUCCUCCCGAAGACGAGCUGAAGGUGGCACUGCAAGGCCUGCGCGCGCAGAACCCGACGCUCGGCGUCACAAAGCUGCAUGCGCGCCUCUUGUCAGAGCACCCUGACUGGACGGUUAGCGAGAAAAGAACGCGAAAGAUCUUGCAAAACGAAGGGCUCGUAAUCUCUCCGGACGGCGCAGCGAGCUCUAGAAGUAAAAGUGGCACUGGGAAUGCGCCAUAUCCGACCUCCGCAGUAAUCGAGGGGCUCGAUGUCUCGAAAUGGACGUCUAAAAUCCAGGUCAAGUAUUUCGGCAAGCACAAGGGGAAGGGCCUCGUCGCAACGGAAAGGAUCGCGGAGGGGGAGGUUGUAUGGAAGGAAGACCCUUUCAUACUCGCUCCCGAAUGGUCGCUAUACGAUCUCCAAACGGCGUCGGUAGCGUGCACGCACUGCUCAACGCCGCUGAACAAUUCUCCACUCGCAGUGCCGUGUUCCGGAUCCGCGAAGGUGCCCUCGUGCUCGGCGCGAUUCUGCAAUCGGCUCUGUCUGUCCCGCGCAGCUCGGACGCAUCCUCUGUUGUGUCCGGCUCAAAAUCCGGCCGCACUUCCCCUCCUCGAGUUUGCACGUCGGCACGAGUGGAUGGCGUUACACGCGCUUGCGCAGUGCACCGCACGGGUGCUUCUUGCGGAACAGCAGGACGAGGCGGCAUUCAGCGCGGAUUGGGCCGUCCUCCGUGGCCUUGCGCAGCUCGGCAUGGAAGAGCGUGCAAAAGGCGGUUGGCUUGGCAGCGCCGAACCUGACCGAGACACAUGGAAAAAGGCCUACGAACUCUUCGUCCGGGCAUUCAAGGACCCCGGCACGGAGUCUGAAAAGAAACGGUUGGCGAGACUACUCAGGAAGCCGACUAGAAAAGAGGUGGAUGAUGAGAUUUUCGGAUACGACGCCUUCCUGCGCGGCCUCGGACGUAUGAGCCUGAACUUGGAAGCGCACGGAGGCCUGUACGUCCUUCACUCCCAUGUCAACCACUCCUGUACUCCCAACCUCUCUGCUCGCCAUCUCGACCAGCGCUCGGCCCUCUCACGUAUCACUGUUGUCGUCCGCAGGGACAUCGAGGUUGGGGAGGAGCUGUUCAUAUCAUACGUCAAUCCGGACCUGCCCCUUGAAGGCCGGCGACGGCAGCUGCUAGAGUGGGGCUUUGGAACGUGCCAGUGUCCACGUUGCGUGAUGGAGGAACAAGAUCCCACGAGACAGACUCCUCUAACCAAAUCGGCUCCGGGCGACCUUGAGCAAGAACUUAAGGCAGGCCUUGGGAUAAUGUAAAGCACUGUCGUACUGUAGAUAACGGCUGUCGUAGAUGAAGAGAUAGACUAACUAUCCUGUCCCCACGCUCCUUCAUUACCCCGGGGGGAUUGUGGCACAAAUUACUACUUGACUUCAACGUGAGGCCGAGAAGCGCCUUGCAUGUGGUACACUGAUAGGGCUGUCGCUCUCAAUUUCAUCACCUUAGUGAUACACAAUCUGAGUUGUAACCGUAAUAUCAUGUCCGUUGGCUGGCGGAGAUAAAGUUUCUCGGUGUUCAACGUCUAUCGCCUACCGAUAGCACGCCCCGCCGCGCUCAUCACCCGUUCCACGUCCCGACAUGUCAAGCUGUAGCGAACACCGCGUUCCAAAAUUCCGCCGUCUCGCACAGCGCGCCUUGUGGCGUCGUUGCUAAGUUGCUCAACGUUGGCAAUAGUCGGGGGCGGUCCCCCCGUUACGCCGGCCUCGGGAAAGACGUCCUGCCCGACCUCGUCGAUACCGUGAAGACAAUUUGUAUAUAAACUUGCCGUCGUGAUAAUGAGACUGCGCGGUUCGAGGAAGACUGAGGACACUGGCGCGGGAUCAACGGGACGACCUCUUUCGUUGACGGGCGGUGCCGACCCUUCUUCUUCGGCGCCGUCAUUCUUGUAUCGGUAAUAAUUCAAGACAGCAUGUGAGCCUAAAGAUAACGUGGCCACUACUGGGUGAUAGGAUGGCCCAUCCUCGUGCGGCUGUAGAGGCGGAGUA